GGUAGUUCAAUUCUUCAAGCUAGGACAAGCUUAUCCAAAGCUACACUUGCCAAGAUGAAGUCCAAAGUAAUGGAUAAUUUACGAGAGCGGAUGAAUUCCUGUGGAACGACGACCAUAAAAUAUUUGCUCUUUGUGUUUAAUCUCGUCUUUGCGAUUUCAGGUCUGAUCCUGCUGGUCGCGGGCAUUGUCGUGCUGGUGGAUGUCAACGACUAUCAGCACUUUGUGCAGGACCGCUUGAUGGCACCGCCGGUGGUGCUGAUCGUAGUAGGGUCAUUUGUGUUCUUGGUGGCAUCGCUCGGUUGCUAUGGCGCCAUUAAGGAAUCACCGAAGCUGCUGAACGCGUUCGCCGUGUUUCUGCUAAUAGUCUUCCUGAUUGAGGUCGCGGUGGCAAUAGCGGCCAUUGCUUUCAAGGCAGAUUUGCAGGACGCACUGAGAAAGCAACUGGACAAAUCGAUCGCACGGCACAACAAUGCAGACAUGGUAGCUUGGAACAGCGUACAUCGAAAGAUGAUGUGCUGCGGCAUUCAAGGACCGAAGGAUUGGUACGACAAUUUGAACAAAACAAUGCCUGCUUCCUGCUGCAAACCAGAUCUGAUCGAACCAGAAACUAAUGACUGUAAAAAUGCUCCACCACUGUUUAUGGAUCGUUACUAUCAGGACGGAUGCUUGAUGAAGCUGGAAGAUCACUUCCACAAAAAUGCUGUAGUUUUGAUUGCCGUUGGAUUUGCAAUAGCCAUAUUCCAAUUAUUGGGAGUCUUUUUCGCAUGCUGGUUAUCCUCUUCCAUCAAAAGAAGUCACGCAUAAAUGAACGAAUAUCAGUCAU